AUGUCUAAAACAGGCGCCACAUUAAGAAAACACAACAAUCUACCUGGAGCUCCUAAAAAGGGUUCCAACAACAACAAUGCACACAGCCGGCGACGAGGUUCUCCUGCUGUAAAGGGCAGCAGUGAUAUCCACGAUGACGACAGGGAUCUCACCGACAUUCUUUUCCCCGAUCUGAAGAACAACGGAAGCAUUUCCAACACCAACACCCGCAGUGCCAGAUCCAAGGACAAGGGACAAGGCAAGGGAAAGACCCAAGGAAAGGGCCAGGGUAAGAACCAGGGCAGAAAUCAAGGCUCUGCGGCCUCUGGAGCCUCUGGUGAUGACGACAAGGAUCUCAAGGAACUUCUGUAUCCUUCUUUGUACGGUCCAGCUGCCACCACCCAUGUGACUCCUCCCCGUAAGAGCAAGAACUCCUCAACUCCCAACCAGGGCAGUAAGGGCAACAAGGACGUCGAUCCCAAAUUUGCCGGAUCGUCGUUCCAUGCUUCUCCCGCCCCUUCCUCCUUGCCCGUACCUAAGAUGGCUGGAGGGGCUGCGGUGGCUUCAGUCACUGGCGGAGCUACAGGACCUGUUAGUGCCCCUGCUGCUCCCCGACCUGGAGCUGGACUUGCUCCUCGUCCCAGCUCGGGGCUCGGUGCAGCUCCUAUUGCGGCAUCUUCCCUUGCUGCUGCAGUCCCCGCUGCAACCCCUGGGGCUCCUUCGGGUGCUCCCCCUAGCGGUACUUUCCUGGACAUGCUCAUGGAGGCCGACAAAAAGGAACGGGGUGCUGGGCAGCAGAUUGCCCAACAUGUGAUGCCCCAGCAGGCUCAACAAGGUCAGCAGACCCAGCAGGUACCUCAUCAACAGCCCGUUCGGCCUUCUCAGCAACAGCAGCGACAGCAGCAACCUACCCAGUCCCAGAUGGCUAUGGGUCAGCCCCAGAUGGGACACAUGGCCCCCAUGGGCCAGCCUCCGGCUCGAGGUCCUAUUAUGGCUGGACCUCCGGGCCAAGGCAUGCCUCCUCAGGGCGUGCCUCAGGGCAUGGGCAUGGCUCCCAACAUGAGCAUGCCCCCUCAGGGCUACUACGGCGUUCCCAGCGCCCCUCACCCUGGUAUGCAGUACCCGCCGUACUUUUACGGCAACGGGUACGCCCCCGGGCCCCAGGGAUACCCCUACCAGCCCAUGGGCGGACAUGGUGGACCUCCUGGGCCUCCUCCUGCUCCCGCAGGCUUGCAGACGGCUGACUUGGAGAAUGAUCUGAGAAAGGCUUUGAAACUCAGUUAA